CUGCGCCCGCCGCCAGACGCACGCCGCCGGCUCCCGAGACAGAGCAGCGUCCAAGCCGCGCGCCGAGAAAAAACCAGCCGCCGAGCCGAAGGACGAGGGAGUUGCGCGGACACCGCCACUGACCGAGGGUCGCCUGCAGAGAAGGGGAGACAGCGGUGUCAUACUAAGGCAGCAUACAAGCCAGGCGCUCCCGCCGCAGCCCCUGCCCGGGAUGGGCUUCCCUGCAGUGACCGUCCUGCUCAUCACUGUGCUGGUGGUCGUCGCCGAACCCCGACGAGAGAUCAAAUACAAAGUGAAGAAGCAGGACUUCUUGCAUAGGUAUCACGAAGAGAACAAGAAUCGUACUGAAGAAAAUGUAUACGACGUUUGUCACAAGGUGGCGCUACGCCGCUGCGGACAGAACUUCAUGCGGGCCUUCAAUCUGGUUGAAUAUCUGUCUGGCGCCGACUACUACAACACUCAGUGUACUCUGAGAAAGGCCUUUUUUGCUUGCCUAGACAAGCUGCGUCAGAAACCCUGUCGGAAGCGCCGUGCCUCUGGUCUCGACGACAAACGCUUCCGGAAAAAGCUGGCGGACGCCCUCUGGGAGACCAGAGUUUGUGUACUCGGCAUAAAAGACAUCGAGGAGCUCCCGCCAAAGAAGAAAGGCCUCAAGUGACGUGCAAGGCUAGCCCGAUACCCUCUGCGACGCCUUCUCCGUAUACAGGGCUGACGUCCACCAAUAGCCCGCGCAUGUGGAUGUAGUUGUCAUACUCGACCAUCGGGACGUCAUCGAUCCCCUCCUUGGUGUUGUUUACCAUCGUAAUGGUUUCGAUGCAUGUCUGGAAAUAAGUUUGGACACAGGGUUAUUACGCCAGGAUAUUUUAAAUAUUCGAAUCUUUGUUGCUGUUGGUUCAGCGCUCACUGAAUGAAUGAAAUAUAGUCUGACAGUGAACGUUGUCGAACUGCAUGCCGUAACACUGGCGCACGGUGAAACUACUACUCACUGCAUGUAUGCGGAGUUCACUCAAGCGCACGUCUCUGUGCCGCGUGUUUUGCUCUUCUGGCUAACACUAAUAAGUUAUUCCUGUAGGUUUUUUAAAAGUUGCAUUGCUGUUUCAGUGCAUCUGGCCGCCUUCUGUAGUAGUAUACGACCGCCAGCACACGAAACCACGCUAUUUUGCAUCGACAGUCUGAGAUGAACUUGUUAAACGAGCUGGACGAAAGGACCCUGUUCUGCAAACAAAUUUCGCGCUAUAGAGAGAGGAGAGAAAAAGCGCACUUUGGCGUAUUUCUGUGGCUUUCUAGGGCAAAGUUGGUCCAGCUGACGUGCUGUGUGUCAUUGUCGUGUUUUAAUCAUUCUGUGUCCUUGACCCAUGAACGUUAGAACAUUCGCCCUGUGGUAACUUCUCCUCAGGGUACAUUUUGUAAACCUAUCACUAUGCGCGAAUUAGGAAUGCGUUGCGAAUAUUUUGAAGCCUAUCAAGUUUGUGUAUAAACAAACUAUUCUAGUAUAAUCGUAUAACAGCGCUGCAAGACCACGAGCAUCCCAUGCGUGGAAUGAAGUGUGUGUUGACUUAAUUUAGGGACGUAAUUUUAUUACCGAUGUAGUUUUCGACUGCUACAAAGCGUUGGAUUAAGAAAAAUCUUAUGAUUGCAUAUACAGAGCUAUGUACUAAAUUAAGUAUAUUGGUCUAUAGCUAACAUGCUUGAAGUUUGAGCAUUGUGAUAGUACUGGCCGUUCUGUCACACGUACUGCGCUACAGAAAAAGAUUAAGCCAUACUUCAAAGCAGUAUAUGUCACGCAUAUAAAGGGCCGACCGACUUUGUAAAGCCUUUCGUUUGUCAGAGCUGUUUAUCGUUUAACGGCGGCCUGCACUGUUAUGCUCGCGAGCACGAUUGGCCGACGCCAGUUCUUACCAACUCGCUUUCAACUGCGUCGUGAAUGCGGGCACUGAUCGCUAUAACUGUGAACAUACAUGAACAAGGUUGUUUGAGCAUGCAUUUAUUAACAUUAACGAGGUAGACACUCAGGGACAUUAAGAAACGAACCUUUGACGAUAUUUCUUAUUAUACUCGUAUAUUGUGUGUGCCAUAUCUGUCUUGCAGAUUGUGCUCGGUACGUGACAUGUUUACGUCAUACUUUUAUGCAUUGUGUUUCUGCGUGCUCUUAGCCAUGGCUUUGGAUCUAACUUACGGCCAGUCAUGAAAUCGGCACUAGUAAAGCAAGAAACAUUGUGUUUCUACCGCAUACUAAGGUGUGCGUCUGUUAGUCAUCACUUGCUAUGCGCGGGCAGUGAUGUAAAAGCGGCUCUACACCAAAGCUGUACUCAAGAUCUUGCUUCGAUGUAAACUCUAAUUAUUUAAGUAAAUUCGAAAAAAAAAAACUGGCUUAGUGACUGUGGUUACCGAUUUUGUUCACUUUAUCAGAGGAUACUACGCGCCGGUACUUCAGCAAACGCCACGCCCCCUAUACUGAUUAUAGGACAGCUCAUUGAUGAAACAACUGCAAUUACUAUACGCCGCCAAUGUGUGCUAUAGCAAGCCACUUGCCAACAGCUGCAUCGAAAUGAAGUUUCACUGAUAUAUAGUUCGAAAAAUUGAAAGCAACCAAGUUCUUGCGUUUUCGUGUUGCUUAUUUGGUCUCGAGCUUCACACACGCAGACACGCACACACAAACACACCGAAAAAAUAAGAAGUGUCUUUGUCUCUGCUUACAGCUCUGGGAGGUUUUUUUAGAUUUUCUGGCCACUGCCUUAAUUUUAUAACCAAAAUGCUUUCUCUCCAGCAGAACUAUGUCGCUGGCUUUUUAUACACUGGAAGCACUGAGGUUAUCCACAGCUUGAACAAGCGUGUUUACUUCAGGAAACAGCAGUUACUAAAAAGCAAGUGGCGUCUUAAGAGAAGGUCGUAAGAAGUUGUGUGCAAUGAAAGUACGAAGGUAAGCGUAUUUUGAACUAGUUUCUUCUCACCUUUGUUUUCAUUACGUAUUGGGUAUUGACAGAAAAAUUCGCGGCAGCACGCAAACUUGUAAAGCGUGACCCGCAUAAGCUGCGGCAAGUUGAAAAGAAAAGCAUGAAAAAGAAAACUAAUGUUAUCGAAGACAAUAAAACCAAGGCCAAAAAAAUGUUGCCGAAAUUUGUUUAAAGACCUUUCCCAAAGAACCGUUACGUUGAGUCGUACCAGGAAGCUGCAGUGACAACAUCUUGAGUUCGUAUUCAGCGAAAAUGACCAUAACUUCACAGUGUCGCGCAGCAUACCUGAAGUUAAACGAAAGUAGCUGAAUGAAGAUGGCGCCGCAUGCCUUAACCUGUCCGUCACCGUGUGCACACGAUUAUGUAACUUUUGCUUACUUAAAUGAAUCGUCUUCGACUGAAGCUUCACCAGGUGUCGCCAAUGACGUUGUGGCUUCGCCCUGUAUAUCUACAGUAACGUGGCAACGGUAAUAUGGGCAUAUCACGACUCUGUCUUGCGCGUCCCUGGCGCAUGACUUUUCUUACCAUGAAAGUAACCUUCGGAUUAGAGGCACCCUUUCGAUCCAUUUAUUUUCUCAUUCUGAUAUUUUGCAAUUCGGCACAAUGCAUUGUCCAUGGAAAUGAGUAAUGAAUGAGAUGGCCGGUAACGAUCGCUCAGUGGAUUUGAGCCGAAUUUUCGUUGCUUUCACCCUCUUAGAGGCCACAGGCUUCCUUCUAACCUUCGUUACAUAAUAAAGUGUUCGAUGGAAGCCCGUCUGACAGGGAGGUACAUGACAUAUUAAAACAAGCAGUCAUCUAAAAAUAAAAGAUAAGUGGAAAAAUGACGUUUCAGGACUCAUACGGACCCCUAAAGGCCAGCUGCAACACAAUUUUUGACCGCGAAAAAAAAAAGUCUAAUAAUUUAACAUAGUGUAGCUAUAGAGCAGACUCCAUGCAAAUGUUUACGUUUAAAGUACGAGUGGAUGCGUCACGAAAGGCUCCCAAAAGUUGCAGUUUCUUGAUACCGAAACUCCGGUAAUGGUGCAUGACUCAGAACGCGCGACUCAACGCCACCUGGUGGUGGUGUUGGCGCGACUCUCCGGUAUUAAGCGCCACCCACGGUAAAGCCCACAUCUCUGAGGCGGUGUACUGGGAGCUCCGCCAUGACCGCUAACCACCAGGCUACACGCUUCAUCUGCUUAGGUGCUAUUUAAGGGCUGCUAAUAAGUAAAAUUAGACAAUUACCAGCCCUGCAACAUUGCCAAGAUUCCUUAAGUAGUAUUUACUAUACAUACUCCUUCAUUACCAAUUUAGCCAAAGUGAAAUUUCAUUGCAGUUGGCUUUAAGAAUAGAGGACCCGUAUGGACCCCGAAACAUCGUAUGUAUGCCUAUAUAUCUAUUUUUUUGUCUGGCGAUUGUUUUAACUUGCCAUAAAUUUCAUUACAGUUUUAUGAGUCAUUUAAUAGGUUUAUUAAAGGAGCCUGAUUUAACUUUACUUGAACAAACUUCAAGAGACUUCAAGUAGCUGCUCGCUCAAGUUCAUUCAAGUGAAAGGGAAAAAAAGGAAACCAGCACAUGAACCUGCUAUCAGCGCGGGGCUUUUGUAAUUGUUCAUUGAAAUGGGAUUUCACUGUAUCGCGCGGUGCACCUGUCUAAAGGUAUAGUCUGACUAGUUUUGUGCAUAUUUUCUAUAUCUUAUUCGUACUAAUGUGGCGAUGCGAAUAAGGCUAUACAGUAGCCAUUCGUAAAGUCAUAUUUUUGCUUCGUAUAGCAUUUGCAGCAUUAUUUUAUCCAAUUAGCCAGAUAAUAAUUAUUCAAUAGAAAACUCGUAUGAUCCCGUUUGCGAGAUUGCUUAGCGGUCAUGUUCUUUUUGAUCCGUACAAGUAAUACAGCUCUUCAGAUAUGAAUAAAAACAAAGCUCUUUAUUUCCGUUUGACGUGACUUCAUUGAAAGACCAUUAUGUAAGCGGCGAACUCAAUGCAUUUUAUUAUGUCAACUCCUGCAUUAAAAAGGAACGCAGCUCUUAACUGUUGCUGUGAUAUAUCAAAAUGUACGUUCGGGCUUUCGCAUGACAAAUGCUGCUAAUGUUGUUAAUAUGUGAAAGUCAAACGUGGUGGUGCUUUUAAGCGUUGUCACGUUUUUAUUGUUCUCUGUGUUUGUCCUCUGACUCAUUUUGGCCUCCUGCAGUGUUAUGUUAUUAAGGAUGGUUUUUAAUGGUACCUGACUGUUUUAAUUCUUGAGCUUGAUCUUAUUUAUGAGAGCGCUUCUUCUUAUGUGUCUGUUUUCGCGUACAUGUAGCGCGAAGUGUACAUAGUUCCUUCUUCGUAGAGUAUAAAACACAACAUUUUAUUGUGUAGGUACAACAUUAAAAUCAUGUGCCAAGUUAACAUAGCAUUUAACCACUUGUAACUUUCGUAACAUUCCAAGAAUCGAGGGUCCCAUUGACAGGUGUGGCAGCAAGGUAUGAUGCUUUUUUAUACGUGUGUUUAUUUUCUGUUCGUCUGUUUCGGUAGUGUGUAGAUGUGUAUAAACCGUUGACAAAUAAUAAAACGUCCCCGAUGACA